AUGUCGUUCCUCGCCUGCGUGCUGCUACUCGCCGCGCUCCUCUCCCCCGCCACCGUGAUCACCGGCGCCGCCACCACCACGGCUCUGGAUGGCGCUCAUAGCAGCAGCGUGGUGACUAAGCGCCUGUCGCGGCGUGCCUCGCCAGAUGCCACAUUCGUCGCAGAAUUUCGUCGUCCGUCCGUCGCUCGUCGCCUGAGCGCCGAAGUGGCGCAGCCAGCCGCAGCGAGCCCGCCGGGCGAUGUGAAGCUCGCACCCUCGCAAUUGGCGGCGCUGGUGGCGCUGACGGGGUGGGAAGCGGCGGAGAUGUGCUCCCAGUGGAUGGGCGUCACAUGUGACGGCCGAGGCAUGGUCACCGAUAUGAACCUGGGCGGCCAGGGCCUCGCGGGCCCCAUCCCCAUGGACGCAUUUUGCAACCUCACCGCUCUCCAGGAACUCGAACUCUCCUUCAGCCCUUUGACCGGCAGCCUGGAGUUUCUUGACUGCCUGCCCGCCUUGCAAUACCUCGAUCUGCACGCCACUGAGCUGACUGGGGAGAUCCCCGUCUCCCUCGGCAAAGCCACCGCCCUCUCAUACCUGAACCUGGGCGGCCUGGGCCUCGCGGGCCCCAUCCCCAUGGACGCAUUCCGCAACCUCACCGCUCUCCAGGAACUCGAUCUCUCCUUCAGCUCUUUGACCGGCAGCCUGGAGUUUCUUGACUGCCUGCCCGCCUUGCAAUCCCUCGAUCUGCUCGGCACUGCGCUGACUGGGGAGAUCCCCGCCUCCCUCGGUAAAGCCACCGCCCUUACAUACCUCUCCCUCGGACACAUCGACCUCACUGCAGCAGAGCUCCCUGCCUCUCUCUCCGCCCUCACCAAUCUCGCCCACCUUGACCUGAGCUAUCUCAGUUUUACCAGCGUGCCAUCGUGGAUCGGACAACUCCCGCACCUGCAAUUCCUGGAUGUGACAGCACCCGACGGCCUCACCCCUGCGCGCUCCUCGCAGUUUCCAGCCGAGUGGACGGCUCUCACCAGCCUCAACACCCUGUUGGCAGCGGGCAACGGCUUCUCAGGCUCCCUCCCCGCCACCAUCUCCGCCCUCACCAGCCUCUCAGUGCUGGAUCUCUCCCAUAACGCCCUGGUUGGCUCGCUGCCUGUGUUGCCCUCGUCUCUGGUUAGCCUGCGACUGAGCCACAAUCGUUUCACAUGGCCCACUCCAGCAUCAUUGUCAGGCCUUGCUGCCCUUGCCAUUCUGGAUGUGAGCUACAACGAUCUGUCAGGGCCCAUCCCACCAUCCUUGGCAAACCUUCCUGCGCUCGUCAAUGUGGAUAUCAGCCACAACGCUCUCUCGGGUGGCCUGGAUGUGCUUGCACGCAUGACCAACAUCUCCACCCUCAACAUCGGGUCGUGCAACUUGUCAGGCGCCUUCCCUGCUCCCCUCGCACAGCUCGCCCUCGCCGAACUCGACAUAUCCAACAACAGCUUCACGGGGCCCUUCCCCUCAGCCACUCUUUCCGCACCGCAGUACAAAAAGCUCAAUCUAUCAGCCAACAGCUUCUCUGGCCCACUGCCCGCACAGCUCACAACGCUCACAACACUCAACAGCUUGGACAUCUCUCACAAUCAGUUCACUGGAGUGGUGCCCCCUGCCGUCUUCACCCUGCCUUCGCUAACAGCCCU